AUGGGCUUCACGGUUGCGUCUGUGUGUUUUGUAACACUGUUAUUGGAGGCGGCUCAUGCAGCCCAAGGUCACUUUGCGCAUCAACUGCUAAAUGACCUUAUGGAGAAUUAUUCGAAUGCUCUGAGGCCCGUGGAAGACACAGACAAAACCCUGAAUGUCACACUGCAGGUCACAUUGUCUCAGAUUAAAGACAUGGAUGAGCGCAACCAAGUUCUUAUAGCAUACCUGUGGAUAAGGCAGACAUGGUAUGAUGCCUUCCUGAAAUGGGAUAAGGACGAGUAUGACGGUCUUGAGGUCAUCCGCAUCCCCAGCAGCCUGGUGUGGAGACCCGACGUAGUGCUUUACAACAAAGCUGAUGAAGAUUUGCCCAGCCCAGUGGACACUAACGUUGUGCUGCGGUACACCGGUGAAAUCACAUGGGAUGCUCCAGCCAUCACCAAAAGCUCGUGUGUGGUGGAUGUGUCCUACUUCCCUUUCGACAGUCAGCAGUGUAAUCUCACCUUUGGCUCUUGGACCUAUAACGGCAAUCAGGUGGACAUCACCAUGGCGAUGACUAGCGGUGACCUCUCAGACCUGGUGGAGAAUGUGGAGUGGGAGUGUGAUGGCAUGCCUGCCACCAAGAACGUGAUCAUGUAUGGCUGCUGCUCGGACCCGUACCCGGACAUCACAUACACACUACUGCUACGCAGACGCUCCUCCUUCUACGUUUUCAACCUGCUGCUGCCUUGCUUCCUUAUCUCCUUCCUUGCGCCACUUGGCUUCUUCCUGCCUGCGGACUCAGGUGAGAAGGUCUCGUUGGGUGUCACCGUGCUGCUGGCGCUCACCGUCUUCCAGCUGGUGGUGGCCGAGAGCAUGCCACCCUCUGAGAGCGUGCCUCUGAUAGGGAAAUACUACAUUGCGACGAUGACAAUGAUCACAGCCUCUACCUCUCUCACCAUCUUCAUCAUGAACAUCCAUUUCUGUGGUGCUGAAGCCAAACCAGUCCCUCACUGGGCCAAAGUGCUCAUCAUCGGCUAUAUGAGCAGGAUCUUCUUCGUCUAUGAAGUUGGAGAGAGCUGCACCUCAUCGCUAGCACGAAAGAAAAAUGCAGACAAACGCCAUACACUGAACCCUCAACGGAAACCACCCAAGCAGAACCCAGAACCAACCAGAAACCCUUCAAGUCUCCCUUGCUGUCCCAAUGAUGAAAAACUUCCUUCUGCAAAUAUAACCUUUGAGGCCUGCAUGUUUUGCGGGCCUCAUAGUGAUGGUUUUGCCGGAGACCUGAAGCUCAUCAAGAACGUUGAGUACAUUGCAAACUGCUUCCGAGAGCAGAAGUUGACUUCACUGAAAGUGGCUGAGUGGAAAAAGGUGGCCAAGGUGAUGGACAGGUUCUUCAUGUGGAUCUUCUUUGCCAUGGUUUUCCUCAUGAGCAUCCUCAUCAUCGGCAAGUCGUCGUGA